AUGGAUGAAGGCUUUACGUUUCACUCCUUCGGCCUGAAUUUGCUGGAUCGCCUGCGAAAGGACGUCCCGAGCUUAAGCGAUGCUAAAAUUCUGAAAGAACUGGGCGACCCCGGGUCCCCCUGCCAGUCUUUCACUACAAACAGUCGCUCGGGCGCAGUCUUCUUGACGUCGGCAAACGGAAGCUUCAUCAUCAAGACAAUUUCGCGGAAAGAGGCCCAGGCUCUCAUGGACGUGAUGCCCAAGUACGUGCAGCGGGUGUGCGGCGACGGGGUGGGAUCCAUGUUGGGAAAGUACUUGGCCUUGUUUCGCCUAAAUCUCGGCCGGGGUGGGCUUCAGGGGUCUCGCUACAUAACUAUCAUGCAAUCUGUUAUGGAUCCCUUACCACAGCUGCCGUUGCUUUCGCUCUAUGACUUGAAGGGCUGUGCAGUCGGCCGCCAUGUCCUUGACGUGGAAUCCGAGUUUGUCAGGAAGGACCAGAACUGGUUGGAUGAUUCUGAGCGGCUGCAGCUAUCUGCAAGCGAUUCUCUGCGGCUACGACAGAUGCAUGACCUUGAUACUACUUUCCUCAGUAUGUGCAAUAUUAUGGACUACAGCAUCCUCGUGGGCGUUGGCUUGCAGUCGGAUGCAACUGGUGAAGACUAUGGAGCAGAGGUCCUGCAAAGCGCAGACAAGAAGCACUUCUACUUCAUUGGCAUCAUUGACUUUCUGGUGGAGUAUGGACUCACGAUGAGGUUGUACCACCUGUUGAAGCAUGGGAUGCCGAAGGACUGCGUCGUGAUUGAUCCUGACUACUACGCAGAGCGCCAGCGACAAUUUUUCCGCGAGGUGAUAUUGGAUCCAAGGGUUACGGAAGGCUGUGCAGACUCAGCGGUUGUGGCUGAGGUUGCUUUGUUGCCGCCUCCCUACUAUGACGAGGAUCUUUGGAUUGCAUCCUGCCGGCCACCUGUGCAGCUUGAUACUUUGCUUGAGGACUGCCAGCUGUAUCAGCCAGAUUGCCGCCACUUCUGUGAGCAUGGGCAGAAGUGCGAGCUGUUCAAAGCACAAGCAAGUUCCAGGUUCGGCUAUGAGACUGAGAGCUCUCCUCCAGACAUUACGCUCCAGGGGAUGCACAGUGAUGCCCACCCGGAUGAUCUAGUUGCGAACAUGUUGUUGAUUGGAGCUGCCGUUCUUCACGACGCCUUGAGCGACACUGGAGAUUUUCCCCGUGCGUCACUCGCGGUCCGACGCAUCACGGCCUUCUACUCCAAAAACGACGCUGUGUUGGCCGGCGGAUUCAGCUUCGCCGAAGUGACUGCUGGGUGUGGCUUUAAGUCUGAUGCUGCUAUGGGUUUUCGAGGUAUGUCGGAGCCGCUGCCUCCUGACUGCUCCUGUGUUGACGUUUCUUCGGCAGUUCCUUCGCACAAUGCAGAUGAUUACAUCCUGGCACCUCAGAUCAUUUCUGCGAUCAUCACAGCUGUUGAUGAGAAGGCUGGCGAGGCGUCUGACACUUGCGAGCAAGUUGAAGCCUUCCUGAGCAGUGUCAGACUUCUGCGUGGCGGGAGUUUAGAUGAGGCAGAAGGAGCCGGAAGCCUCUCAGAUGAAGAUAGUGGAGCCGAAGCCACGGCAAAGGCAGCCGCAGCUGCGGAGGACGAAAUGAUUAGUGUCACUACCUUCCUGCUUGAGUGGGAUGAGCUUCACUUGCUAGCGGACGAGUUCUCGAAAAAAUUGCGAGGUCGUCGAUUGAUUUACGAUUCUGAGACCCUCUCCCACGCAGAGGUGGCGUUUGCCCUGGUGGUUGAGGCAGUUGGCCAAGAAGUCUCUGCCAGUGUCUGGCUGGACUAUCGUGCCACGUUUGGGUACGACAGGUUUUUUGGACAUGUCCGUGGUGUGGUAGAUGUGGAAUUGCCUGCAGCCCGUUAUCCGAAAGAAGAGCCAGAUCGCCAGGGAAAGUCCGGACUUCUGGUGCUGGAAGGCGGCUCCGUCCUAGCUGCCGGAAGCCACCAAAGAAGUUUGGAGGGCCUUACAAUGUCCUCCCACAGUGGCUCCAGCAAGUGGAAGGUGGCAAGGCUGAAAUUUGAUGCUGUUUACCGUAUGACGCACGCAACGCACGUUUUGCACACAGGCUUGCCUGAUGGACUGCAAACGCAGUUGGAGUCGAUAGAAGAUUUGGCCGACGUGAAACUGGAGGAUGAAACGGUGCAGCAGCAGAGCCUCAUCAGACGGGCCACCACUCGGCAGCUGCAUCGAGCCAAGGACACGAAACCUUUCGUUCCAGCCGCCGUGCUGGCAGUGGUGAUUGGUGUGGCUUCAGUCGUUCCAUACAACAUGGUCCUGCGGGGAGAUCCUGGGUCACCGCUGUUUAUCAGCUUUUGCCUGCAUUUGGCAAUCAUAGGAUGCAGCCUGCCCCGUGCGACAACUCUUAUCAGAGAGAGAAGUAUCCCAUUCCGAUACCAUGCAGCGAUUGUCCUACUCGGGUGCAGCUUUGUCAGUUUUAAAUCCGACGCGUAUGUCCGCCUACCAGCCUCCCUGUGCAUGAUGUUAUCCAAUCUGCGAAUGAUGGUAGGCGUUGUGGUCCAGUACCUUCUGUUUCGGAAGAGGUAUUCCAUUGCGCAGCUUUCUGGCGUGCUGGCUGUUACAGUUGGCAUAGCCUGGGCAAGUCAGGCCAUGCAAGCGGCAAGAGCUACGCAGGACAGCACAGCGUCUUCAGCCUCCGCUUCGUCUCACGACUUCACAGUGGGCUGUUUAGAAGUACUUGCGUCUUCGGUGUCUUUGGCCUUGCUAAGUUCCACUGUCAAGAUUUCCUUCGAAAAGUUCGGCGAAAACGUCGAAGAGCAGAUUUUCAUUCAGCACCUCGCAGGAAUUUUUAUUGUCUUCCCUAGUCAGUGGGACAAGGUGGGUCCCAGAAUCGUCGACUGGUACCACAGGCCUGAUUGGUGGCUGAUCUUCAAUCUUGUGUUGAGCGUCACCUCGACCUUCGCUGCACGGGCCGCCGCGGCACGCAUGGCCGGCCGCUCGCCCAGCCUGCUCAUGACUCAACUAGUCCAGACGAUCGAAUGCUUCUCCCAGUUACUGCUGGUUGCGCUGAUCCGAGCGCCGCCCUAUCCGCCCUUCGGCUUUUGGGGUGGUACAGUGGUGCUGCUGCUCGGGACACUUCAGUACUUGCGAGCCUCAGCGGAUGUGCCAAAGAUUCCCGUCCAUGCUGACGAACUGAGUGCGCCUGCAAAAGAGCAAUGA